CUCCUCCCCGGGACCUGACGGGCGCCUCCUCAGACCUCCUUCCGGGCCCUCGAGGCCCGCCUCUCACAGCAGUUUCGCUUCUGAGUUUGAGGCCGGCGACCCGCUCGGCGGGGCCUCGGGAGGCGGCGGCAAGCGUGUGGCGGUUGGCGGUGGGCGAGGGUGGUGGGCACGGGUGUGUGGCGGAGGGCCGAGACGCACGCGUGUGCGCGGGGGAGUGUGUGAGGGGCUUCUGUGUGCGGAGCGCUCGCCGCCGGAACCCUGCCGACCGUCGGGGCUGCUGUUGGGCUUCCUCCGCCCGCGGAGUCCCCGCCGGGCCCGGGAGGGGAGCGCCCGGUGCGCGCCCGCCGAGAAGGCACCUGCCAGGGAAGAGAGGUCUCCAGAGGAAAUCCUCGGUGACUGCGAGGUGACUGCGAGAGACGUUAUCGGAUGCUAGUAGCCCAUCUCGCAACUUGAGCCGAAGCCCUGUUUUUAGCUCCCAUAGUGGAACUGUCAGGAAAAGCCAUGGCCUCAGCCAGCAAGAUGAAGGAGGAAGCCACGUGUGCCAUCUGCCUGUCCCUAAUGUCUGAGCCGAUGAGCAUCAGCUGUGGACACAGCUACUGCAAACUGUGCAUCGUCAGCUUCCUUGAGAAGCAGGAAACAUCGGUAAAUAUGGUCGCCUGUCCCCACUGCCGGGCUCCAUUUCAUUUGACCAGCCUCCGGCCCAACAAGCAGCUGGGAAGUCUCAUUGAAGUCAUCAAGGAGAUGGAGCAUGAGAUGUCGUGUGAGGAACACGGAGAGCACCUCCACCUAUUCUGCGAAGACGAGAGCCAGCUCAUCUGCUGGCGCUGUGAGCGGUCACCACAGCACAAAGGGCACCACACGGCUCUCAUCGAGGACGUAUGCCAAGACUACAAGACUUUAUUCACCCAAUUUUUCCUUCAGGAAAAGCUUCAGAACGCUGUGACAAAUUUGAGGCAACUAGAAGAGGAAUGUAUGAAACUGAAGGUGUUCACAACAAAGCAAAUAAGCGAAUGGAAUGAGAAGACAGACAUUCAGAAACAAAAAAUCCAGUCUGACUUUAAGGAUCUUCAGAGAUUCCUACAAGAAGAGGAGAAGUCUCAUCUGUGGAGACUGGAGAAAGAGAAAGAGCAGACUCUAAAGAGACUGAGAGAUGAUGAGGCCACUCUGGAACAGAAGAGCCAAGAACUCAAGAGUCACAUCCUGGAACUAGAGGAGAAAUGUCAGGGCUCAGCCCAGAAGUUGCUGCAGGAUGUGAAAGACACUUUGCGCAGGAGUUGGGCUGUGACGUUGGAAAGACCAGAGGCCCACUCUUUGGAGCUUGAUACUGUGUGCAGUGUUUCUGAGCUUUAUUUUGAUGUGAAGAAAAUGUUAAGGAGCUAUCAAGUCAGUGUGACUCUGGAUCCAGAUACAGCUCAUCGUGAGCUAAUUCUGUCUGAGGAUCGGAGACAAGUGACUCGUGGAUGCCUCCAGGAUAAUCUGGACAACUCUUCUAAGAGAUUUAGGAUCUUACCCUGUAUUCUGGGCUGUGAAGGCUUCACUUCAGGAAGACAUUACUUUGAGGUGGAUGUGGGAGAAGGAACUGGGUGGGACUUAGGAGUCUGUCUGGACAAUGUUCAGAGGGACGUUGGUCUGACACAGAAGCCUCAGUCUGGGUUCUGGGCCAUUAGACUAUGCAAAAAGAAAGGCUACUUAGCACUUACCUCUCCCGUAACUUCCCUUUAUCUGAGGGAGCAGCCCCUGGUUGUGGGGAUUUUUCUGGACUGUGAUACCGGAGUUGUAUCCUUCUACAACAUGACCACUGGAUCCCACAUCUUUACCUUCCCAGAGGCCUCCUUCUCUGAUACUAUCCGGCCCUAUUUCCGGGUUUAUCAACAUUCUCCUUUGUUCUUGCCUCCCCCAGACCAGUAAGGAAAGAAGUAAAAUCUCAUUCUUGGUUUAACUAGCAUAGAAAAUAUGUCAGUCCUGUGAGGGCAGAAAUUUGGUCUGUUUUCUUCACUUCUUGUGCUCAGAACAGUGCUGGGCUUUUAGUGGCUACUUAAUAAUUCUGCUUUGAAUGAAUGGAUAGAACAACUGCAAAAAUACCACAGAUGGUCAGCCUGAGCUGGGGAAAGCCAGAUAAUAGCAAUGAUCAUGCAUUGUCUUCCAGAUCCCCCCCUCAGUGGAUUCAGAGCUUUGAUUUCCAAGAGUCUUUGGGUGACCUGCAGGGUGACCCAGAGGUCAGGAGGUCUGAGUUCUCCCAGUUUGUUUGAUGCCAUAGGAACUCAUGGGUGGGGGAUGAGGCAAAGCUGCAAUUGUCUCUGCCAACUGCAAGAAGGAGCAGGAGAACCAACAUAGUGACUCUUCUAACCACUGACAUUUGAUUAUUCAUCUGAGCCAUAGCCCUGGAUGAUGCAGUGAGUGCAGAUGCCUUCCAGACCUAGUGAGCUCUGCCUGGGCAAUAACACGUAAAGUAUGAAAGAAGAGCUAAAAUUGGCUUACAGUGAUAUGUUUCAAAUGGGAAGGAGAUUCAGAAUAAAAACAAAUUUUCUUGCGGGACUCAGUACUGGAAAAGAAGUUGAUAUGUUCCAGACUGUGCUAAGCCAGCUAUCUUGAAAUAGCUAAAGAUCUCAGCAAAUGGUUACCACUGGCAUGAUUGUUGGCAGACUUUGUUAUGAUUCUUGUAUGGUCAAAGAGACUUUAGCUAUACCUGGGUCUAUUUUGAAGAAAACAUUCCAUGUCAAACCUAAAUUAUCAUGGCUGAGUUGACUAAUGGCAAGAUCAUAGUGAAGUCAGCCAAGCCACAAACAACAUAGAUGAUGCAGGUGUGAUGCCUGGGGCUUGAGAUCCUAGGGAUGGUAGAAGUAUGGCUAAAAGGGAGCUGGCAAAUUUGGGGAGAUGCCAUACCAGCAAUGGACUCUGGAUUUCCGGGACUUUCUACAUUUUCUGGACUGUCUACAUGGGAGAGACAUGAACUUGCUUCAGCCACUAUCAUGUUGGGUCUUCUAGUCAAUGGAACUUAAUCUAAUCUACCAGGGCACAGUGAGUUGCUGUUCCUUUAAAAAAAAAAAAAAAAGUAGCCAUAAAAUCAUCUACUCUUUACAUGUUUUGUUUCCAUGUAUUUAAUUGGAAUUCUGUAACUUUCUGAAUUUCAUUUGUAUGUAUGAGUUUGUUUAGAUUUUCAUUCCCCUUCUUGGGUCAGUCAGGUCAUUCAAUUUCUUUUAAAAAGCAGUUUAUCAAAGUUUUCAAAUGUAUUUGCACAUAAUUCUUCAAAUUACUCUCAAAACUAUUAUUUCCUGUAUAUGCUCUUUCAGGUUUCCAUUUUAUUUCCUGUUUUCUUUUUUAAAAACCUUUAUUAGAGUAGCUAAUGCUUUGUUUAAUAUAGUAGCAUUUCUUCCUGGUAAGGACUAGCAAAACCUAUUUUUUGUUCUCUAACUUGCCUGAACCCCAUCAGUUUCUCAUUUUAUCUUUAUUAUCCUUAUUGUUUCCAAAGGUUAAUUUUGUUAAUCAAAGAAAAAAAAUUUUUUUAGUUGAAUGUUUAUCAUCAUUCUUUCUUGUUCAGCAAUCUGAGUGUUUAAGGGUAUAGACUUUUCUCUGAGCAGGGUACUCGGUUCUAGGCCCGGUCAACAUUAGGAGGCCACUCCUCCCUGGGCAAGACCACAUUCCAAGCUGUAGGAUGGAGAAAGGGACACAGAAGUAGAACAAAGGGCCUGCAGCUAACAGCUGAUUUUUAUGUAGCUUCCGAAAACCUACCAUACGGCUUCCUACUUGCACUGCAUUAGCCAGAACCAGUGGGCAGAGGCUGUGUGCGGUACCCUGUAUGUAUUUAGCCAGAAAAGAAGAGGGCCCCCCGGUACCCCUUCCUCAGACCUUCUAGACGACCUCUCCCACUGCAGUUGCUUGCAAGGUCAGGUAUGUGUGGUCUGUGGCGCUGCACCAGAGGACCGGAGACCGAGCACCGCAGGAAGGAGAGGACAGCAGCUGAGGGAGCUGGAGGCAUGAAAAUGAUCAACCGACCCAGAGUCUGUGCUGGGGUAAAACCCAACCUCCUCACCAUGGCCUAGAAGGCAAAUUCUGGCCUCACAGGCCUUGCCUUCUGGAUUAAUAAUUACUUUUCCUACCUCUGACCUUCCACAAAUAAUGGUCUUCUCUUUGGUCCCAGACAGGGCCAAGGUUGUUUUGGCCCAAGGGCUUUUGAGCAUGCUGUGUUCUAGGUUCAGAACGGCCUUUUCAUGGCUGCUUUUCCUGACGCUGGGUGAGCUCAUUCCGAUCGCCCGCUGUGCAGACAAGAAUUGGGGGGCAGUUCACAUCCCAGGAGGGAAACUUCAAUCAAAGAGGGAAUGGGGUGGAUGGAUAAAGUCUCCAACCCAAAUGACCUGCAGAGGAACAAUUCUGGGACGACUUCUACAUGUUGCCUCAAAGGACAUCCAGUGAAAUGGAACCCAAGUGCUCACAGCGGUAAUCAAGCCAGGAAUGCAUCUGCCACUGCCUUUUCCACCUUCCCGGCCUCAUGUCCGUGUUCCAGCAUGCCUGCAUUCUGGGGUUCCAUUCUAGUAACCGCCUGCACCCACUUCCAGGUCUGAGCUCAACUUUUUAGAGCAAGCACCACCACCUCCCUCUCUCUUGUCCUCUUUCUAUAAAUAAAUACAGAAAUGGAUAUAGAUAUCAAAUGAUUAAAUUCACAGACAUUUAUUGUGGAAUACUGUAAAAUAUAGUAAAUUAUACUCCCAGUUCUAAGGAACAAACACUCCUACUAUGGUGGUAAAUCACCUUCCCCAUAUGUAUGUUACAUCUUGCAUGUUUUUCUCAGCGGGAACUCUUCCCCAUGGCAUUAAAAAUUAUCUUAAUA